UCACAGAAAUUCUUAGAAAAUCGAGUUCAUUCAGAAAUUGAAAUUCAAUUUGGCAACCGAGAAAAAAUUCACGAACAUUGCAGGUUUUCCGCCCUUUUGUAAAUUUGUUUUUGGAGUUCUUCACCUUUUCUGAAUUGAGCAUCCAAAAAUACUGAGAUGUGACCAGAAACCGUUACUUUAAAGUUUAUAGAUAACUGACCACACUCAUCAGAAUAUUACUCAAAAAUGACAUUGAACAUCCUGUAUCUCGCUUAUGCGUCGAAAACGGGGUAUAUGUCAUAUGGCAAAAGUGAUUCUUCCGGUGUCAUCUACAGACCAUAUAUGUUUGUCCAGUUUAUGAUGAUGAUGAAACACCCAGGAUGCACGCUUUGGAGCGUGCAGGUGUCCAGUUCGCAAGACGUGCAUAUUGACAAACGUCGUAAAAUGGGAUUUUUAUUGCACUUGCAUUAGCCUAGCGAAAUAUUAGACGUAGGUGAAAAAUCCAUUGGAAACAUAGGGAUUAAUGUUAAAUUCGAAUGAGCUGAGAGUCUAGUGGAACAGUGGAAGAAUCGAAACCUCUUUGCGAGUCGAUAACAAACAGAGGACUGGCCUGUUGGAAUGAAUAUAUAUAUAUUCUUUUGAAUGUCAGCAAUACAUUUUUUUUGUUAUUAAAGGUAUGGUAUAAGUUAUAUACAAGGGUUGACGAAGUCACGCAGGAACGUUGGAAUUAGCGGACAGUCAUAAAACGCCAAAUGUUUGAAUUCUGAUAGAAACAUGAAAAAAAAGGGAAGAGCCAUCUAAACCUACCAAUAGGAAUUUUUUUCAUGUGUUUAUGAAACGGAAUGUACACGUAUAUAAAAGGAGAAAUUCGCAAAACUUUUUCAUUUCUCGUUCGAAUAUUCAAGUGUGAUAUACGAAAUAAAACUUGGUGAAGAUGUAUUUUCUUGUGAAAUUUGACGACGGUGUUCAAUACAUUUGUGAUGAAAAGAAAAUAUCGAAUAGGGAUGGAGAGAAGUGUAAUGUGAAAUACCGAAAUGGUGCUCGAUAUCCCGCCAAAAUUUUAGCUUCAAAUGAUGAUCUCAAUUGCCUUGAGCACUUGAUGAAUAAAGAGGACACUUCUGAGAAUGAAGUGGAAAAUUUGUCCCGUGAAGAGGAAACAAUUUCGAGCCUUUUACCACUGACGGAGUUCAACUCUGAUGAUAAUCCUGCUUAUGCCAACGCAAACAAUGGUCGAAAAAAUCCGAUUGUUCUUAUAAGUGAUGAAUACAUACUACUUGACAUUUCAACUACAAAUGCAGAAAAUGUAUCUGAAGUAAAACCAUCUCAUUGGUACCCCAAUGAAAAUACUUCUGGACAAUGCAAAUCAUCAUCAAGCAGUAAUGAAUCGGAGAAUGCUGGUGCAUUACCUACACAGGACAGCUCAAGCGGUGAAUCACCGCAUCGAUACCCGAGCGAAAAUACUUCUGGACAAUGCGAGUUACCAUCAACCACUAAUGAAUUGGAGAAUGGUGCAUUAAAUACACAGGACAACUCUAGCGAUGAUGAUUUCGCGGAUACGUUUGGAGAUGACACUCAUGAAGAUAGUGAGUACCUAGGUUCGCUAUCUGAUUCAUCUUCUUCGAGUUCUGAAUUUGAGAAGGACUCUUCUACACCGAAACGUAAAGAGAAUUCUACAAAUGUUAGAACAACUCCCAACGAUGACACCAGACGUUCCUUGGAAAUAUCGUUGACGGCCAAUGAAUAUGGAAAAUCGUCAAAGGAUGAUAAUGAUAUGUUCGUUCGUACUAGUGAAGCUACAAGAAAUCCUAAAAAUAAAAAGCUCUAUUGUAUGUUUUGUGGAAAAUUCCAAAGUAAAUUCGCUAGGCACAUUGAAUUGGUGCAUUCGAAUGAGACAGAGGUUAAAAAAUUUAUAAAUUUGAAGAAAGGUUGUACUGAGAGGAGAAAUAUCAUCGAGACCAUAAGAAAAAGAUCUCAAUUUUUUUACAAUACAAACCACAACGUCAACGAUGGUGAAUUGAUAGUAAGUCGAAGGCCUGGUAAGAAAUUGAACAAGACAGCAUCAGAUUAUAUUGCAUGUCAGAAUUGUAAGGGUUUCUACACGAAGAACAAUAUUAGACAUCAUGCAAAAAAAUGUUUCAACUAUGAUGGCUCCAGAAGCCGAACAGUUAUGGUGAUGGGGCGAAAGGUAUUAGGAAGAAUCCAUUCCGAUGCAUCCGAUAUCUUGCGAAAAGCUAUAUUUCCUGUUCUAAGAGAGGAUGAUGUUAUCAAGUCUAUCCGAUAUGAUAGACUUAUAAUUCUGUAUGGAAAUAAAAUGUGCUGCAAGUAUCGCUUGCAACACCAGCACGAUAUGAUAAGGGCACAAUUGAGACUCUUAGGAAGAUUCCUAAUCAGCUUGAAGUCCAUUAAUAGAGAAAUAGUGGAACUGGAGGAUUUAUAUGUUCCAAAUCAUUUUGAUGAUGCUAUUUCGGCCAUAAAUAUUGUAGCCGGUUUGGACCCGAACACCCUUAUGUAUAGGGCACCAUCAACGGCGUAUACUCUUGGCUCUUUAAUUAAAAAAUGUGGAAACAUUCAUGUAAGUGAAUGCAUUAAAAAAAAGGAAACUGAGAAGAAACAAAAUGCGGAAGAUUUCCUUAAACUACUGGCCGAGGAUAUUGGAGUGACAGUGAAUAAAACUGUAGAGGAAACACAGACAAGAAAUGCGAGGAGGAAAGUCUUUGAAAUGCCUUCAACGGAAGACAUUAAAACUUUUAAUACUUAUUUGAGAGAAAGGAGGCAACUCGCUCUCAAUGAAUUACAGACAAAAUUCAGCCCGGACUCUUGGUUGGCACUGGCAGAGUCAACUCUAACUUCGGUUCAUGUGUUCAACCGCCGUAGAGCAGGUGAAAUAGAACGCAUAUUUAUAGAAGAUUUCAGGAGUUAUGCUCAAAUAAGUCCUUAUGAGUUGAAGAGUUUGCCUUCUGAUGCUCGAAAGUUAGCUAAAACUUAUGUUCGGUUUGUAAUUCGCGGCAAACUCAACCGAACAGUGCCUGUACUCUUAUCUCGCGAAUUAGUGAAGUGCAUUGAAAGUAUAAUCGAACAUAGAGAUGAGAUGGGGGUCCAUCGAGAAAACAGGUACGUUUUUGGUAUCCCUGGUUUCGAGAGAAGUAGACAUAAGUAUCUACGUGCUUGUGUUCUGAUGCGGAAAUUCGCAGAGGCUUCUGGGGCAUGUUUUCCAAGUAGUUUGCGAGGAACGAAACUGAGGAAACACAUUGCCACCAACUGUAUCAAUCUCGACCUCUCUGAAACUGAAGUCACAGAUGUGGCUAACUUCAUGGGACACAGUAGCAAAAUUCACAAAGAACACUAUCGUCAACCUAUAGCUAGUAGGGAGAUAUUGAGAAUAUCUAGAAUUUUAGAAUUGGCACAAGGUGGCAACGACUCUGAAUCAGAUAAGGAAGACUGGAAUGAUGAAGAAAGGGGCAAUCGAGAAGUUUCUGAUGAAUUAUCGGCUGUGAUUAAUCAGCCAUCGUCGACAUUUUCUUCAGAAUCGAGUGGGAUUGCCGAAUCUGAGAAUUCUUGCAGAAAUGCUGAAAGAAAAAGAUUACUUUCUGAUGAAUUAUCGCCGACACAGCCAUCGACGUCUUUUUCAGGCCAGACUGUGAUAAACGACAGUAGGAAUGCCAAAAAGAAAAGAUCAACAUCUCCCUUCGGCCUCGUGAAAAAAAAGAAGAGAUGGACUGAAGAAGAAACGAGAGUGGCAAAUAUGCUGUUCGAAGAUGCUAUCAGAACGGAGAUAUAUCCAUCGCUGAAAGCUAUACAAGAAUUGAAGCAACGAUAUCCAUGCCUGAAAGAUAGGAAUGCGAAUGUAAUCAAAACGUGGAUAUCAAACAAGAUCAAGAUCAAAAGAGCAAGGCAAUCCAAUUGAAAAAGGAAAUGUGAAGAGGAAGUUUGAAUAUCUGAUUCAAUCAUGUUAUUUUAUGAGAAUGUUUUCAUUUAAUGCAAUUGUAAUUUAAUUUUCAUAUUAAAGUUUAAUUCAGUUUUC